UAAAAUUAUUCUCAUGUUUCAUUUCUUCAGUAAAUUAAUUAUAAUUUAAAAUAAAAUGGGCGAAACAUCAGUAGACUUAUCAGGACAUAUUGAAAGUACUCCUGUUUCAGUAGAUCCAAAAGUAACACAAUUUCAAAGAUUUUUCCAUGUACCAAAUGAAAUUCCGGAUUUUAAAGAAUUGAUUAAACAAUCCAGUCAAAAAGUAAGACCAUGGAUGGAAUUCAUUAACACAAGCAAUUUCAAAACUGCACCCUCUCUUCCAAGAACAGCUAAAAGGAUAAAAAAAAAUAUAGAGUACUUUUAUGGAAACUAUAUAUUUGUAUCACUAGGUUUAGUAAUUUAUUGCCUAGUUACUUCACCACUAAUACUUCUUGCCCUUUGCGGAAGUUUUUACAUCAACCGAUAUGUGAACAGAUGUUAUGAAAGUAAGAAUUUGAAAGUAUUUGGACUGGAGAUCUCAAAAAAUCAGAGAUUUUUGGUUGUUGGUAUAUUAACGAUGCCAUUAUUAUAUUUGGUUGGUGUACAUGCAGCAAUAUUUUGGGUACUGGGUGCUUCCUUUAUGAUUAUCAUGCUUCAUGCUGCAUUUUAUAAUAUUGAAGUUGUGAAUCGGAGUCCAGAAACAGAAGCAUUAUUUGGUGAGGAGGUGUAAUUGUUAUGAUUUUGCAUUUAUUUUAUGAGGAUAUGAAUAAAAUGUUUUAUCUUUCUA